AUUUUUUAAACGACGGAGGAGGAGGAGGACUAGCUGGAGGCGAAUGACGCAGGGGCGACGUGGAAGAUAACAUGUCAUGAGGAUGUUUAUAAAAACUUUAGGAGACAUGGAGGGAAGUUAUCUGAAAUGAAACCGUGUAGAAAUAAAGUCGCCACAUAGGUCGUCCUCAUACCAGAAGUCGUCAAAAUGGACGGAGGGUUGAGUAUUACUUUGAUAUCUGUAGUAAUGUUUGUCGGUUGUUUCCUGCUUGGAGUCGUCCCUCUUUUGUUUAGACUUUCACAGAAAAGCCUACAUUUUGUCUCCAUCCUGGGUGCAGGCUUUUUGUGUGGGACAGCCCUCGCCAUCACCGUCCCUGAAGGAGUGGGCUUGUUACAAGAGGCAUGGACACAUGAGCAAGCUUCUUGCUCUCCUGCGAAUACGACCUCAGCAGGAGCAUCCCCCGCGCCUCAGUUGUACAUCGGGGUAUCGUUAACGUUUGGCUUCACCUUCAUGUUUGUGGUGGAUCAAUUAGGAAGUUACUUUUCCAUGUGUGGACAAACAACGCUAAACAGUGACGCCAUCACAGCCACAUUAGGACUGGUAAUUCAUGCAGCAGCCGAUGGAUUCGCUCUGGGGGCAGUGGUGGCCACCGGCAAGGGGACUGUGCAAGUCAUUGUGUUUUUUGCUGUGAUACUACACAAGGCCCCUGCAGCUUUUGGGUUAGUUGCCUUCCUGAUGCACGCAGGCCUGGAAAAUAAAUCCAUCCAAGGACAUUUGUUGGCCUUUUCAGCUGCAGCACCAGUAGUUGCCAUGGCCACAUACUUCACAUUGCAUGCGUCUUACACUUCCUCUCAAAACCAGCUCAGUGCAACUGGGGUGGGAAUGCUUUUCUCUGCUGGGACGUUCCUAUUUGUGGCCACUGUGCACGUUCUGCCUGAGAUCAUUAGCAGGAGCAGUAGUCAUGGUUGGGCAGGCCAACACUCAAGUCAUCUCCAACAGCAGCAGCGCCACCUAGGGCUUCAGGAGAGCUUCACUCUUGUUCUCGGUAUGGGCCUUCCUGUGAUGCUUGCUCUGGGGCUUCACGACGACUGACAAGGACUUACUCUACGUUUGCAUCCUGAGACAUGCAGUCGCCGUGCCAAAGAAAUAAAAUAUGGAGGACUAUAUCAACAGGUAAUACAUCACAGCAUAUCAGUAACCUCUGGCAAAUGUACUAAGCAGCACAUGAGAACCUGUUAGGGUGCUUACUACUGCACGGUACCAGCUUCGUUAUUCUAAUGCAGGAAAUAGCAAACAAAACAUGAAUCAUUGAAUGCGUCAGCUAGAACAAGACAUGCUAACAAACAGCAAUGAAGGAGAAUGGGUGUCAUAUGUUUACUUCUGUGCAUGUGAAUAUUAGUCCAAAGGAGACUAAGGGCCACAAGAAAAGAAGCCGCUGCAGCCAGUGGGCACUCUGGAAUAUAAUGCCGGUACAGCAACAGGGUAAGCUAACAUUACAAUUCCCUUUGUGUCAGUUUUUUUUGCAAUAUUACAAUGAUGCGUUGAAGACAAAUCUGUUCGACCAAUCAGUGACCAGUAGUGGUAUUUCAUCAGACUUAUGGACUCUGCAUUGCAGCCAUGCUAACUAGGUAAUGACAAUUGUAAGUGUAUAAUGUGAGUCGAGCUGCUUCGAAUCAAUAGCAGGCAAAGGUUAUCAAACCACUUGUUCCAGCAGUUUUGCAGAGUAGGGAUUGUAUUGUUCAAUUUGUAUGAAUAAAUUCAUAUUUUUCAGAUUUAA